AUGACUGUCCUGAACUACCGCUCCGUCCUGUCGACGAUACGACUGGUGCUGGUUCCGUUGGUCCUGCUUGUAGGGGUCUGUUCAGGGGGUUCAGACGUGCCCCGUGGGGUUGCCCUCCCCUUUGUCUUUGACCCCAAGGCGACGUGUGAUCCACCCUGCAAGCAUGCUGGGAUCUGCAUCCGCAACAACACUUGCUUCUGUUCGCGAGGCUAUGAGGGAGAAGUCUGCCAGUAUGCCAGUUGCUAUCCAAAAUGCAAGAAUGGGGGAGAAUGUCUUCGUCCAGGAAAAUGCAGGUGUCCCUCUGGAUUUGGAGGAAGAUACUGUCACAAAGUGGUGUGUGAUGGUGGGUGCUGGAAUGGUGGUGAUUGCAUAGCUGUGAAUGGAGUGGCCAAAUGCAUCUGUCCCUCCAGCUGGACUGGCUCCAAAUGUCAAGACGCGAUCUGUCCUCAGGGCUGUAAGAACGGGGGCAGCUGUGUGGCUCCAGGCAUUUGCAGCUGUCCUGAGGGUUGGCUGGGAGGUGCCUGUCACACAGCUGUCUGUAUGAAGCCAUGUCUGAAUGGAGGGAAGUGUGUUUCCCCAGACACAUGCCGCUGUCGAUCUCCGUUCACUGGCCCACAGUGUGAGGAGCGAAAGAAGCUUUUCUGA